CAGCCUGCCCGACCUGGUCGCAACAAGUUAGGCUGAGUCGCCGUUAUAUAGACCGGCGACGGAGCACGCGUGUGUGCGGGCGCAGUUGCGUGAGGGUGUUUUUCCUUCCUCCGAGCUGUGGAGCAAAGCUUGUUCCUUUCCCGCUCAGCCGCGCAGGUUGAAUUGACCAAAGCAAUGGUUAUGGAGAAGCCUAGUCCCCUGCUGGUCGGGCGGGAGUUCGUGAGACAGUACUACACGCUGCUGAACCAGGCCCCGGACAUGCUGCACAGAUUUUAUGGAAAGAACUCUUCUUACGUCCAUGGGGGCCUGGAUUCGAAUGGGAAGCCUGCAGACGCAGUCUACGGACAGAAAGAAAUCCAUAGGAAAGUGAUGUCCCAGAACUUCACCAACUGCCACACUAAGAUCCGCCACGUCGAUGCCCACGCCACUCUGAAUGACGGCGUGGUGGUCCAGGUGAUGGGGUUGCUCUCCAACAACAAUCAGGCUUUGAGAAGGUUCAUGCAGACGUUUGUCCUUGCUCCUGAGGGCUCUGUUGCAAAUAAGUUCUACGUCCACAAUGAUAUCUUCAGGUACCAAGAUGAGGUCUUCGGUGGCUUUGUCACUGAGCCUCAGGAGGAGUCUGAGGAAGAAGUAGAGGAACCUGAAGAAAGACAGCAGACACCUGAGGUGGCACCUGAUGAUCCUGGAACUUUCUACGAUCAGCCCGUCGGCAAUGACUUGGAAGAGCAUUUGGAGGAACCUGUUGCUGAACCGGAGCCUGACCCCGAACCGGAGCCGGAGCAGGAGCCUGUGUCUGAGAUCCAGGAGGAAAAGUGUGAGCCAGCGCUGGAGGAGGCCGCUCCCGAGGAUGCGCAGAAGAGCUCUUCUCCAGCGCCUGCAGACAUAGCCCCGACGGCGCAGGAAGACUUGAGGACGUUUUCCUGGGCAUCUGUGACCAGCAAGAACCUUCCACCCAGUGGAGCUGUUCCAGUUACUGGGAUUCCACCUCAUGUUGUUAAAGUCCCAGCUUCCCAGCCUCGCCCGGAGUCCAAGCCUGAAUCUCAGGUUCCACCGCAGAGGCCUCAGCGGGAUCAGAGGGUUCGAGAACAGCGGAUAAAUAUUCCUCCCCAGAGGGGACCUAGACCACUCCGUGAGGCUGGUGAGCAAGGUGACGUCGAGCCCCGGAGAACUGUGAGACACCCCGACAGUCACCAGCUCUUCAUCGGCAAUCUGCCUCAUGACGUGGAUAAGUCAGAGCUUAAAGAUUUCUUUCAAAAUUACGGGAAUGUGGUGGAGCUGCGCAUCAACAGUGGUGGGAAGUUACCCAACUUUGGCUUCGUUGUGUUCGAUGAUUCUGAGCCUGUUCAAAAGGUUCUUAGCAACAGGCCCAUCAUGUUCAGAGGUGAGGUCCGUCUGAACGUGGAAGAGAAGAAGACUCGAGCCGCCCGGGAGGGGGACCGGCGAGACAACCGCCUGCGGGGACCCGGAGGCCCUCGAGGCGGGCUGGGCGGUGCAAUGAGAGGCCCUCCGCGCGGAGGCAUGGUGCAGAAGCCGGGAUUCGGAGUGGGAAGGGCAAUUGCUCCCAGGCAAUGAAUUGCUCUCUGCCGACGGUCACGCAGCAGUGCCAACGUCCACUCCUGCAGAACGGUGAAUUUCUUCGACCGCCCUUUGGUGUCUUGCAGUAUGACCCUGGUCUCUCAUAAACUGCUUCAGUUUGUACAAUUUUACUUUUCGUGUUAAUGGUGUGUGUCCCCUCCCCUCGCCUCACCUUUCAGUCCUUCACUUCCAAUUUUGUGGAAUGAUAUUUUAGGAAAAAUGGAUUUUAAAAGAAGAAAAAAAAAAGACUGAAUUUCCUUGCUUUACUUUGCAUAUAUAGACUGGAUUUUUAUUUUUAACAGCCAUUUCCCCAAAGUAAUGUGUCUUGCUUAUUACUGACAUUUGGUAUGUUUUAUUCAUUGGGAUAUUUCUUAUUUUCUAUGUGUUUCAAAGCCUUUGAGAAAUACAAGAUUUGAUAAACAUUUUGAAGGCAGGAAAAACCGAAAUUGUUUCUUCUUAGGAGAGUCAUGACUACCUUCUGCUGUGGAGAAACUGCCAUUGGAAAAAUUGACAAUUUUGAUUGUCUCUGGUGUGGUUAAAAACUGAAUAAAAGGUGUUAGUGAAAUUUUUUUCUUUUAAUGUAAGAUCACAAAAUGAUUCUAAAAUCCACUGUUGAUAAAUGGAGAUAGGUUUUAAAUGUCUAGAAUGCAACUGAUAACACUUUUCUUUGAGUUGUUAGGUUUUUUGAAGUAGAGUUUUUUCUCAUGUUUAAUUUGUAUUUGUAAAAACAAACAAAAUACCAAAACCAGAAUCUGAAUAACACAAAACUAGAGCAAAACUGUUGUGCCUUCUAUUUAUCUUUGAUUCCAGCCCUGGCAGUUGUUUUAAAGAAGACUAAUUUAAAAAGUCUGGAUCGGUUUCUGCCCCCAGGUUCAGAGUGUGUUGGGAACGGUAGAGUCCCUCUUUUCACUCUGUACAUCUUCUGUUCACUUGUUAUGCCUUAUUCUGAAACUGAGUCUCAAACUGGAAUGCCUUUGAGGACAGAUGCUUCUGUAGAGGUCCGUUGACUUAAAUAGUUUUGCAUUUUAUUUCGGCAUCUUCAGAAUUCUAAUCAGCCCAUAAGAAAGAAUGCGAUUUUAAUAUUGGACUUUGCUGAUGUGCUUGAGUGUCUGCUAGUUGUUUUCCUUUAAAUCAUAGCCAUAUGGUAAAUUUUCUAUUUUGUUAAUGGUUCUCUUUUAUUGAUGGGCAUGCAGUGGGUGCUUUUUGGAAAUGGCCAAUUUUUAUUAAAAUAUUUCUGGAAGAAAAUUUAACCUGGCAGUAUAGAGUAAUGCUCGUUUUACAUAGCGUGGUGUUUGUUGAGUGCUGUGUGUGAGGUGGGUGAAGGUUUUGUUUACACACUUGUGAAGCAAGCCUUUGUGUGAUAUCUUGUCAUUGCUAAUGGAAGGGCAAUGAGGUUGUCAAAUGUAACUUAUUUAUUUUCUUCACAGUGUUCAUCUUUAGGGCUGCUGUCUGAGGGUAGUGUGAGUAGGCACAGGAGUGUUUAUCUGUUACUGGGAAACUAGGCUUGCUGAAGGGUGUAGUCUUAAAAUAAAAUGAAAUUUGAUGUUAUCAGUCCUCAGUACCAUAAAUAUUUGAAAGUUGGCAGCAUCUCUUUCAUAUAAAGAAACUUUAUAUAACUGAGUCACGUGGCUGUUUUGGGGGUCAGUUUAAACUGUUAUUUGGUAACCACUCAAUUUGGCCCAGGCCAGUGAUAAUUAAAAGAAAUUUCAGCUUGUACUUCUGUAGCUUAUAUUAAGCUUGGGGUGGAAAGAAAAAAAAAUACUUAGCCUGAGUUAUUUUUGCAGUAAAUAUAAGGUCAUAUUAUGGAUAACCUAGAAAUCAUUUUUCACAAGUGAGUACUGAAGCAUACAUUUCAGAAUGAGAGUUCUUCCUGCUCAGAGGGUUAGAGGCACUAACCAGACGCAGCGGUGCUCCGUUUGGGGCGGUUAUCUCCUAGAGGACCUUGGAAAUGUGUGAGAUUACCGGGUGUGUGGCGGGGGACACUGCAGCUGUCGUUCAGUGGGUGGGGCCAGCGAUGUCACGUGUUCUGUAAAAAACGAAUCUACACAAAAACCUGGGUAGCCCUCCUGCGAUGCAUGGUGGGCGGGGCGGUGGGGACUGCAGCUGGAGUUGAAGACUCAUUGCUUUGAAAGUAAAUGAAUCAGCAAAUAGUUCUCUCUUCAGGAAUUAUAGUAACAUCUCUUGUAAGUAAUCUCGUUUUCCUUCAUUUGUGCCAACUGUGUGGUUUUAAAAAAUUUUGUAAUAGAACUACAAUAAAAUACCUAAUAAAAUUGUUUUGGACGGGCGGCAGUAUGCUAGAUGCUGCUUGUAACUUGUUGCAGGGAGUUAUUGCAUGAUCUCAGAAAACAAGUUUGCUUCAGUAAUUUUGACUAAUUAGAAUUUGCGUGAGUGUGGAGUUUUGACUAGCAUUGGACUUUUUUUAUGAGUGUGAUUUGGCACCAUGGCUGACACUGUUAGAAACCCUGACGUCGUUGCUCACAGUUGUGCUGAUGGAAUAAACAUGGUACCAUAGAGGAGGUACAUGUGGUCACACAGGUAGAAAGUUAAAGUAAAAUAAAAUAGAUCAAGGCGAGAUUAUUCUGUGUGCAGCAUCCGCUCAUCACAUUCAACCUUUCAGAUUUUAAAAUACAGUUUUUCAUCUGUAAGAAUGGCCCAGAGUAUAGUUCUUUCCCACUGAGCUUAAUGCCCUUCACCAGUUUACUUACCUUGCAUCUGACUGGGCAAGAUUGGUUUGGUUCAGUGUGCAUCUUAGCCUUUUAAGACCUGUUGAAAAUGAAUACAUCUGGCGACAUAAAAAAAUACUUUUCUUUUAUGGUGAGGUUGGGCUUUACUUGUGUAUUCCUGUGUUCUCAACUUUUUGAGCUAUUGCUGGGAGCAGUAAUAAAUGGAUAAUCCCAAAACUGACUUUGAGUAGGUUACUGCCGUAGCGUUAGUUGAAUUGCACUUGAGUUUUAGGUUGGAAAAUUAAUUUCCACCACUCUGUGAGCUAGGGAGUUUCCCCCAAAGCAAUAGAUAAAGAAGAAAUGGCAUCAGAUCAGUUACAGGACUAGGUCCCCAAGCCAUCCCUGCAGCAAGGAGCAGAUUGGCCUCCCAAACGGAUGCUUUUUCUCUAGAACCAAUAGGCCUUCCUGUUUCCGUUUGAAUGACGUUAAUAGGACAUGACCAUGAAAUUACUACAGUAAAGAGACCAGAGUCUAUAAAUCAUUCUUAGCCAGGUUAGUUAGCAUUUUUGUUCUCCGUGUCCUUUAGAGUAGUGAUAUAGCAAACAUUGAUUUUAUUUUUUUAAUAGGACUUCUUUUGACUUGCAGACUGUUUGGUAACACCCUAAUAAUGACUUUGUUCUUAGGUUAUUUUCUUACCUGGAUUAAUAAUACAUUUAGUACAAUCUUGAAAUCCGAUGUGGAUGAUAACUAGUUUUUGUUAGAACGUGACCCAGGUGAGUUUGUAGCAGUUGUGCUUCAUGCUUACAGUUGCCGUCCUCUAGUCCUUUUCCUCCGUCCUUUCCUUUGUGAACAAGUUUAUUUGAAAACCCUUGAUGGUUUUAAUGAGUUAGUGGGAAAUGAGGCACUUUAUAGAAAACAUUUGUUAGAAUCUAUAUGGAAAUGAUCUUUCUAUGAGGUUUAAAUUUGUAGACCAUUGUUUAUGCUGAGCGGCCUAUUUCUUUUAUGUAAAUGGUUGCAUUUGUCAAAUCUACUGAUCUAAAGAUAUCUUUUAUAUUGAAGUUGUAUUUUUUUUUUGUUACUUAGAAUCUCUGCAGGGGCUUCUCCUUUUAGUUCAGCAAUUUUGAACCUUGUGCAAGAAGCGACUUCAACAUUUAUUUGAACAUGAGGUUCUAGCUAACUGCCUAGUAUACCAAAAAGGGGCAUUGGACACUUAAGGUAGUCUUCCACAAAUGUUUUAGAAAUCUUAAGGAAUACAUUAGCAACCUAGCAGUGUCUUGUGUGGGAUGAGGUUGUAGAUUAAAGUUGCUGAUCAAGUAAUUGGCCAUGCGGUUCUAGAUAAUUACGGAAGGAUUUCUGGUUGUAAGGCAGUAAAACUUGGGACUUGUAUUUGUGUGCUGUGGAUAUAAAAGUUCUGGGGACCAUAGACAGGCUUGUGAACUCUUACUAGACUAAAGGAAAAAUGGUGGCAUAUGUGAGAUACAACUUUUAUUUACAUUCUUUUUAGUGAAUCUGUACGUAGCUCAGGAUGGUGCUGAACUUAGCCUGCGUGGUUCAUGCUUCCAUGAAAUAGUCUCUCAUCGUGGUCUGAAUGAAUGAAGAGCUGAUUAGAGAUGGCCUAAAGCCACUGUCCCAUUUUAGUUUUGAUUUUCGCUAGUGUAUGGCGUAGAAUCAAGGUUGUUUGCCUUUUGAGUAUGUGACUUGUUUUGAAAACCUUGGACAGUUUACCUGAUUUUCACUUGAACUUGGUAGUGGGUUUGUUUUGUUUUGUUUUUGUUUCUUAACAAUAGUUCCCUGUGAGAAGACAAUAGUAUUAGAAGUCGGUUCCACUGUUAACUUCCAUAGCAUGUAACCUAGCCAACCACAGAAGUCCAUACGUGUUCAGUACUUCGAAGUGUGGCCGGUGUCACAGAUUCCCUAAGGGACUUGUGUCUGUCCAAUGUGUCUUAUUUUCUUAAAAAAAAAAGAAAAGAAAAAAGGAAAUUAAGGGAUGUGUACCAAAAAUUCACUAUUGAAUUUCUUUAACAAGUUUUUUCGUUUGCUUGCUUGUUUUUUUUUUUGCCCCCACAAACCCACUUAAUAGGAAGUUUGCUUAUACUUUUGGUAGUAACUACAGGGACGAUCAUAUUUCAUUUAAUCUGGAUAUAAGCAGUUUUAAAUAUUGUUAUAAUUAACCAUUUUGGUUGCUGAAACUUUCCCCAAACUUUGAUGUCACUAUUUGAUUUUAGGUUUGGCUUAAAUUCUUAAAUGUUUGUGUGAUAUAUAUACUAAUUUGGCCCUUUUAAAUGAAGACCUACCAAGAAGCUGGUAUGAGGAAGUAGGGAGAAGAAAAGGACUUCCUUUCUUUAAAGAUUCAUUGCACACUUAAGUAAAUUAUGUAAAAGAUACCUUGUUAAAAAUAAAUUCACAUAGCUAUGUACAUGUUAGAAGUUGAAGAAGAGUGGGAGGUGGAACUUAGCUGAUGGUUUUGGAAUCACUUGUGAUUUAUAUGGAAAAAUCAUAAUUUUAAAUGUGAAACAAUAGAAUGUUUCCUUAAUCUCCAUUCUGUUAUUAUCACAAGGGACAGGAGGCUCCUAGACUUCUUUGAAUCAUAGAAAGUCAGUGCUAGAAAGGACUAAAAUGAUUUGUACAACCCCUUCACUUUCCAAAAGAUACAGGUGGCGCGGAGAAUCUGCGUGUUAGUACGGAGUCCUAGAUCGGCUUGUAAAAGUAACGUGAAGCGCCUUCAGAGAGAUGCCUAGUCUGCCCGAGGUUCGGCCCCGGAAGCCCGAGCUGGUGAAGGUUGGGAGGUGGGGGAAGGAAGGAGCCACGUCUUACACGCUCACCCAGGGCCUUCGGCCUAGUCAGUUGGCACUCCUGGGUUUUCUCUGUCUCCUUAGAGCUCUCCAUGCCCACCGCCACCAGGGCCCUUUGUCUAGGGAUGCUGACAGCGCCCCCCAGGGACGGGUGUGCUACUAGCUGUCAGAGAGCUGUUGGGUAUCCUAAUGUGUUAAUAGCUGAAACUCAGCUGUAAUUUUCUCCUGAAUCUGUCAGCAUUUACAUUCUGUACAUUGUGGUGCUUUUUCCACCUUGUAUUGUUAUAACUGUAAGCUCCUAAGGGGCAGCCAUCUGGUCUUAGGCAUGUACCCUGCUCAGUGCCUGGCAGUGCCAUGUAGUCUCAGGGUCCUAACCUUCCUUUCCAGUGAUUUCUCCCAUUCUUCGUGGAGGCGAUGCUCCGGCCGUUCUGCACUACUUCUGGUUCCUCUCGUAAGCCAGCAUUGCUGACUCCGUGGCUCCAAGUGCCUCUCUUCCCUGAAGAUGGACUUGCACCUGCUUUGCCCCUGUGCAGAUUCCUUGCCAUCCAAGUCAUUUUUUUGAAGACCCAGUUCAAUAACUAAUUUUUUUCCCCCUAAGAGAAAAGAGAUUGCAACAGGAGUGGGGAACUCGAUUUGGUGGUUGAUGUGGCCAGAAUUCGAAGUGAGGAACCAAUCCAUUCCCCUCCUCUUCCCUUUCACAUUGUCCCUCCUGUCGGAUAGUCUGUCCCAGUCUGGACUGCUAAGAAAACAUGUGUUCCUGGGAGUACUUUAUGCCUUCUCUUAGCUAAAAACUUCGACCCAGAGUUAGUGUGACCGGCAUCUGUUCUACUACAUGAUGAGAAUGCCGGCUCCUAGAGGACAAGGACCGAGGAGUUGACCCCUGGGCCCCACCGGAAGGCACGGGCCGUGCACAAGCGGCCCUACAGGGUGACUGCUGUGGUCGGGUGAAUCAGUGUACUCUGGUUGUCACUUUCCCGAGGGGCGCAUGCCUAGAGGUAGGGCCUAACCGAGUAGGUUUCGGCGCUGGGACACUUCAUGGUGGUGAGAAUUGUUGGGAAAGGGAUGGGCAGAGGAGGGAGGAAGUCACCGGUCACUGGAGGCGCUCCUGUCCCCGGUCUGAGUGAUGAGUCAUUUCUUUCUGACGGCGCCCAGUGUGUCUUGGGGGGCUUGUGUCAGUGCGGGAGGAUUUCGUGUGCCAAUGUUUAUUUCCUCUCACGGACCCACUCGGCCGUUCCUUCAGCUCAUGCCAUUGCCCACCCAUGUCCAGGCCGCCUGCUCCCCUCUCCCCACUGCCCGCACCCAGUGUCCAGCUGAGUCCUGUCAGUCUACCUCAGCCAUCUUUCACAUCUCUCCUCCUCACCUGGGUGAUUUCGGUGGCCUCUCAGCUUCCUUGACCCCUCCUCACCCCUGCCUUCUGUGUACCCAGUGCCAGACCCAUCCCACUGCGACACGGCUCUGACUGCGCGUCCCGUGUGUGUGUCCUCUCUCCCUCCUAGACUGUAAGCUCCGACGGGCAGGAUCUGUGUCUGAGACAUCCUUGUAUCUCCCGUAGUGCACAUAUCAAUAAAUACUUCCUGAAUGAAUGACAUAAA